CAUGGGAAUCAGCUGAGCGAAGCCCACUCACUGACCGCCACAAUGCCUCGUAUCAAAAAUGACAUCACUAUAACCAUGGAUGAUGUUGGGGUGAAGAUGGAUGCUGCGUAUGAAAGUGAAAAUGAUGAGGAGCCCAACAGGAGAGCAAGGGGCAGGCCCAGGGCGAAACCCGCUGCUCGCCGGAAGAAAGCCAAACCCGCAGACAGCGAGGAGGAGGAGGAGGAAGAGGAAGAGGAGGCUCCUCGCAAGCGGCGGCCCAAAAAGCGGAAGGAAGGGGGCGGCGAGGAGAGCGAGGACGAGCGGCCUCGGGGGCGGACGAAGAAGGUGACUGGCAGGAAGAAGGCAGUGGCCAAAGGCGAUGGCACAGAGGUCAACAGCGAGGAGGACGAAGGAAAGAAGAAGAGGAGGAGGAAAGCAGUGAGCAAGAAGGAAAAAGAGGAAGAGAACAGCAAAGAGAAGAAGGGCACCGGCAAAGGAGGGAAAGAAAAGACCCCUGACAAAAAGAAGAGGCAUGACAGCCACAGCUCGCACUCGGGAAGCGAGUCGGAUGCCGAGUCCCUGUCAGAAGGCGAAAUGGCUCGGCUGAAAGAGGAGGUGGAGGAGAAGAAGAAACAGAUUGCGAUGCUUCGGAACAAACCGUGGCGUAUGAAGAGAAGACUCAACUUCUUGAAGGAGGCCCAAGAGUUUGUGGAGACGUUUGAAGGGGCUCUGGGUAAAGGCAAAGGGAGGAAGCUUUAUGCCUUCAAAGUCAUGAUGACCAAGAAAUUGAUCAAGUUCAAUCGAGACUUUGAAAACUUCAGGACAGCAUGCAUUCCCUGGGAGAGGAAAAUUAAAGAAGUAGAAAGUCACUUUGGCUCUUCCGUAGCCUCCUACUUCAUCUUCCUCAGGUGGAUGUAUGGCCUCAAUAUGGUUCUCUUUGGCUUCAUGUUUGGACUUGUUGUCAUUCCUGAGGUCCUGAUGGGUUUACCGUAUGGCUCCAUUCCAAGGAAAACAGUCCCAAGAGAUGAGCAGGACACAGCUAUGGACUUCUCUGUCCUCUUUGAAUAUGGCGGUUACUGCAAGUACUCCGUUCUCUUUUAUGGUUACUAUAACAACCAGAACACUAUUGGACUGCUGAAGUUCCGUCUACCACUGUCAUAUUUUCUGGUUGGAAUUGGAAUCUUUGGUUACAGCCUGUUGGUUGUGAUCAGAACGAUGGCCAGGAACGCCAACGAGGGAGGUGAUGGUGCAGACGAAGGUGACUUCAUCUUCUGCUGGAAACUGUUCACCAGUUGGGAUUACCUGAUUGGAAACCCAGAGACAGCUGACAACAAGUAUGCAUCCAUCACGACCAGCUUUAAGGAAUCUAUUGUGGAUGAGCAGGAGAACUUGAAGAAUGAGAACAUUCACCUCAGGAGGUUCCUGCGUGUUCUUGCUAAUACGAUAAUCCUGUGCUGUCUGGGGGGCAGUGGAUAUCUUAUCUACUUUGUUGUGAAAAGAUCACAAGACUAUGCAAAAAUGGAUCCCAGUCAGUUAUCCUGGUAUCAGAAAAAUGAGGUUGAGUUUGUGAUGUCACUGCUGGGCCUGGUGUGUCCUCCUCUGUUUGAGACCAUUGCUGAGCUGGAGGACUACCACCCCCGCAUCGCCCUCAAAUGGCAGCUGGGACGCAUCUUUGCCCUUUUCCUGGGCAACCUUUACACCUUCCUGUUUGCCCUUAUUGAUGACGUCAAUGAGAAGUUGGAAAAUGAGAAGUUAAUAAAGAAUGAAACUUUCUGGGCCCUGCAGCAGUACUAUGCUAACUACACCCUGUACUACAACGUGACCGAGAACAUCCCCCCACCAAACAUCGCCCCUGCCGAUGUCAUCAGGGGACCCUGCUGGGAGACACAAGUGGGCAUUGAGUUUGUGAAGCUAACGGUGUCAGAUAUUCAAGUGACGUAUAUAACCAUCUUGAUCAUGGACUUCUUGAGAGCUUUAAUCGUGCGUUUUCUCAACUACUGCUGGUGCUGGGACCUGGAGGCUGGCUUCCCCUCUUAUGGAGAGUUUGAUAUCAGUGGAAAUGUACUCGGCCUCAUUUUCAACCAGGGAAUGAUCUGGAUGGGGGCAUUUUAUGCCCCGGGGCUGGUGGGUAUAAACAUCCUGCGUCUGGUGUCCUCCAUGUACUUCCAGUGCUGGGCAGUGAUGAGCAGUAACGUUCCUCAUGAGAGAGUGUUCAAGGCCUCACGCUCCAACAACUUCUACAUGGGCAUCCUACUUCUUGUGCUCUUCCUCAGUCUCAUGCCCGUGAUCUACACCAUGAUGACCAUGUCCCCUUCCUUUGACUGCGGACCCUUCAGUGGAAGAGAGAAGAUGUAUGAUGUGGUUAUUGAGACGAUCCAGAACCUUCCGGCCUUCAUGGCCAAUAUCUUCAUCUAUGCCUCCAACCCAGGACUCAUCAUUUCCAUUGUUCUUCUCAUGGUGCUGGCUAUCUAUUAUCUACACACGGUCUCUGAGGGCUACCAGAAAGCCAACAUGGACCUGAAGAAGAAAAUGCAAAUGCAAAGAGAUGAAGAAAAGAACCGGAGGAACAAUAAAGACAGCACCAACCAGGUCAUGAAGGACCUGGAGGACCUUCUGCCUAACAAAUCCCUGAUUCCACCACCAGCUGAAGAGGAGCCAGAGGAACCAGCUAGCCAGCCCCCUGGUAAGUCACCAAAAGUAACCGGGAAGACAGGGACAGCAGCCAAUGGAAAAACAGUGAACCUAGUGAACUUUGAGAAGGAUGUGUCAUUGGCUGCUGCAAAUCCCCGGGGGCCUAUGACCCGCCCACCAACCGCGAGGCAUCCUAGACCUUUACCAGGGGCGGGCCGUGGACUUCCACCGGGUUAUGGCCGAGGAAGAGGACGACCUCCACCGAUGCGAUGAGGUCCUCAAAAUCAAGACACCGUCGAGCGAAAACAUAAACAUAAAAUUGAGUCAAAUGAAGAAAAAUGUGCAAUUCAAAGAGACUGUAGAAUGACCGGCUGAGACGAUGCCGGGCCUAGGACGCUAUUCUAACUGGACGUCUGACAAUAGCUGCAGGCACAGCCAGACUACCGAGACAGCACAUGGCAAGGUUCAAGGUAAUCCAGACCAGAAUAACAUGAAAAUGGAUAACUGACAAUGUGAAAUAUAAUUAAUGUUAAACUAGAUAUACCAUAAGACAUAACAUGGAAUUUGAAUGGUUUUGUUAUGGAUCCAUCCUGAGUACUAACAAUUCUCACUUGUUUACCACGUAUUAAUCUCUGUAUGCCUGUCUACGAGAUGAGCAUUAAGUGUUCACUGAACUUGUGGGAUGAUAGCCUUGUUUUAAUGUAUUUAUAUGUAAGUUGUCAAUAUAUUAUUUAUUGUGUCAUUAUAAUGUUCUUGGUUAUGUGUACUAUGUUGUUUUUGUAAUAUUCAUAUUUUUGUUGUCUGUUGAGUUGUUGGGUAUUGCCCAUAGCUUCUUGUUUGUUUAUUUGUUUGUUUGUCUGCUUUGUGUUGUCAGCCAUUCCCAAACGCUUCAGGUAGCACUCGCCAUCCCUCGGCUGUUGGUUACCUUUCUCGUUCGUCUUUCUCUUGUUUGUUCGGCCAGUCCCUCCUGAACAAACGGUAAUGUUAAAAAGGAGAGCCCAAUUUGAUGUUUCAGUUUCAUUUUGAUUUAGAGUGGUUAUGUGGUGCAUUGGUCUUAUUGUUUUUUAAUCUGUGUUACAUAUUUCUGUUGUUGAGCAGAUUUGUUUAUUCUCUAAAAUGCGCUGUGGUGACAUCUAGUGCAAGUGUGUUUUUCUCCUCGUUUGACUGAACAGAGAUGAGCAAAGUGAGCAUGAAGGACAAACUUACUAGAAUGCUUUUAUUCACAACUUUCUUUUUCAUGGGAUAAAACAAUUUCCUUUCCCUUACAAAUAUCCAAUUCAUUAUUAUUUUAAAAACACCAAUUAAAAACAAACUGGAAAUAAGGAGGAACUGGGAGCCCCGACGGAGGGACGGUUGAGGUCUAAACUCAGAGACGAAGGCAGCAUCCGGCCCCCGUAUCCACCCUAGCAACAGCCACGGAGUGAUGUGUCUGCCCACGGAGUGAUGUGACAGUAGCUGUGAUAAAGAGUGUGCGUCUCUCUAUAACCUAUUUAAGUGUCUUACGAGGAAGUGUCCUAAAUUUUUGCAAGGUGGGCCUUGUGGCUUCUUUGCAACUUGAGAAAUGGGUGGAGUUCAUUCAGAGUUGCGUAUGACUGGGUGGGGGAAAGUGGUAAUUCUGUGUGGUUGAUUGACUGAUUGGAACAGGAGGCAUGAACCGCAUAUAGAGGCUGGGUUAGCAAGUGGAGGGGGACAGAGAUGUGAAAUCAUUAAAACAAAUAGAAUAAAGCAUGUAGAAUAAAUACAUUUGGACAUACAAACCUGCUUCAGCAUUCACUACUCGCAUAAAAAAACAUCAUAAGCAUCAAAAGGACACUUUUAGAUGUCUUACAGACAAUAGCUUCACUGGGCUAUUCUGAACUACUGUUAUUACUUUACUAGCUGGCAACUGGUUUGAAAUAUUAACUCAGCUAAUCAUUAACAUUACUUAGAUAGCCAAAUAUUCGCAUUAAUUAAUUCUUAUCUAGGAACUUCACUAAUAUCUUAAUUUUUAAAAAACAAGGCAAUCGCGACCCCUAGUGGCUGAAAGGGUUUCCCAUGCCCAGGGUGUAGACCCAGGUAAUCCUGUGAGCAGAGACAAGCCCAUGAUUGCUGAUUGCCCCCAGGCGGUCAGCAGGGCAUAGUUGCAUGAUUCUGUGUAGAUAACAUUAUUGAAGUGGUAUGUGUAAAGUCAAACGCUCAGGCCACAAUGUCCUAUUGCUCCCCAUUACUCUAAAGGCAAUGUCCAUGAUAGCCAAAAAAUGGAAAACAAAGAUCUCAGGUUUAAGGCUCUAAAUAUGGUCAAACUUAAAUGGUGACAGACACUGCACAAAGUUUCCCUGGAAAGUGGUAAAUAGGGCAAAUGUCAAAGGUGUCAUCAAAAAACACUGAGGGGUGUAAACUAAAUUUAAUCACAUACUAUUAUACUUUAGAACUACACUACUGCGAGAUAUCUGUUUAGUCCAUUGUGCACACAUAAUGGGUCCCCGUACACACACUGACUGGAUGUCCACCAGGAGACAUCGCAUGCUGUUCCAGCACAGGUAACAGACUACAGGCUGUUUCUUUCCCUCUACAAAAUGAAAUGAUCAACUCUAUAUGAACUGUGGUUUAUAUUAGAUUAGAUUAGAUUAGAUUACUAUGGUUUAGAUUAGAUUAUAUUAGAUUAGAUUACUGUGGUUU